AUGUCAUCUAGAUACACAGGCCCCGUCUCCAAACUGACGCGCUCGCUGAGCACCACGCCGUCCAUUGGCCGGCCGUCCCAGCUCCUGAACAAUGCGCCGAAAACAGCCUCCGGCGCAGCCAGGAAACGAUCCCCGUCGCCGGUCGUAGCCGACGAGCCCGGCGCAGAUGUAAGCCCAUCAUCCAUGCAUCCAUCCACCCAAUUCACCCCCUCAUCCAUUGGUCUUUCCCACCGACCAACGCUAGACCUAACCACAUAUUGUUCCCACUAUCAGUCCCUCCGGCACCACUCAACCACCUCAACAACCAGCACCCCGCCGCACCGCCCGGCCCCUCCCCGUGCCGCGCGGACCAUCCCCUUCAUGCAGACGUUCCACCACUCGGCGCCGAAACCGUCCCCUUCCCUGGCGACAAUGAGUGCUGCGCCCGUCAUCGUCCUGCCGAACCUGUUCCAGCUGGAGCAGGAGCAGACGGGCGGGUACGACCCGUACGCGCACAUCCGUGUGCCCCUGCUUCCCGACAAUACUUCGCCCCCCGCGGGAUUUCGCCUGCCCGAAGCCGCCGACGCGCCCCUCCCCUUACCCGAGAUCGUGGUCGUCGCCCCGGACCCGGCCCAGGAGCUCCCCUCGGCCCUGACCGAGAUCGAGGGCAUGGGGGUUGACGGGGUGGAGUUGAAGUUUGCCCACGAGCUUGGCCGCGAAGGGGAAGCGGCUGAGAGCUUCGAGAUGGGGCGGGGUAUGAUAAGGGAUUUGUGGAAGGGAAUGAUGGGGAGUAGUAAUAGUAGUAGUAGUGGCGCGAAAUCUGCUGCUUAA